AUCUGAAAAACAGCUUCACUUCUCUCACUAAACUUAAUCAACCGUCUAGUUAAGGUUUCAACUUAAGAUCUCAAUUCAAUGGAAAAAAUUGAAAGACAAAGCGAUGAAGCAUCUUAUCUAUGGCUUCCUUUUCAGUUCCUCGACCAAACUCUUAAAGCUAUCUUAAGGUGUCUUGGUCUACUUCAUCAUGAUUCCGUACCCUUAAACCAGCCGGAUGAAGAAGUAGAAGAGGAACAAGAUGUUGCCAUGGAAGACGACGUCGUUGUGACGACUAGGGGAAGUAAAAACGGCUUCGUUGUAACGAGUAGAGGUACAAAAAUGAAAGCAAAGAAAAAGGAUAGGGAAAGAGUUAGCUCAGGACGACCGGGGCAACAUCACUAG